AAAAAAAAAAGCAAAGAAAAAAACACAUCACGAGAGAGUACUUUGUGAUGUAAGCAACCACAUACACCACUCCCUUCUUCUCCUCUCCAUUGUUUUUUCUUUUCCUUUCCCAAUAAUUCUCUUCUUAUUUUAUUAGCUAUUUUAUAUUUCCUAACUUUUUCUAAUACUAUUACUGUUUCUCGUUUUGAUUAUUUUUUUAAAAAUUUUAAUCUCUUUUGAUCCUCUCUAUAUAUACAAAUACAAAAUCACCACUUUCUACUAAAAUAGCUCUCUACGUUUCUUUUCUCUCUUUAAUUGCAACUAUGAUGCAAGAAUUGGGUUUAGAACGUUUCUCCAGCGAUGUAUUUCCCUUAAACCUCACUCCUCCUUCUCAAACCUCAUCUACUUCUCUUUCCAUCGACGAAGAGGAAUCUUCGGAGGCCAAGAUCCGACGGCUGAUAUCGGAGCAUCCAGUGAUCAUCUUCAGCAGAUCUUCUUGUUGCAUGUGCCACGUCAUGAAAAGACUCCUUUCAACAAUCGGAGUCGUCCCCACCGUCAUCGAGCUAGAUGACCACGAGGUUUCCUCUCUCCCCAUGGCUCUUGAAGAAGAAUAUUCCGGCGGCGGCUCCGUCGUUGUUCCUCCGCCGGCGAUUUUCAUUGGCCGUGAGUAUGUCGGUGGUCUUGAGUCCCUUGUUGCUCUUCAUCUAAGUAGUCACUUGGUCCCUAAGCUUGUCCAAGUUGGAGCUCUUUGGAGAAAUGAGGAAAGAAGAUUCUACUAUUAUUUGUAAGGUCUCCAAGCUCUCGGCAUCACGUUAUGUUUUUAUUCAAGGAAAUAUUCCUCUUUUGAUCAGAUGUAAAAGUCGGCAAAGAACCUCAAGUUAAUCAUAGAUCCUUCUAAAAUAUAGUGGGAGUCGCCAUCUUAAGCCAGACGAUUUCGUUAUUGUGCCGUGAUCUCGUCUAGGUAUUUGACAGCGACGCUGGGCUUAAGUGGCAUCUCCGAAAACAAUCUCUCUUUUAUUUUCCUUCGCACAAUUAUUGAAUUUCUUUUUCAAAGAUUCAGGAAAAGACCAUAAUUUGGAAUAGAAUGCUAUAUACUUCCUUUA